UCCCAUCACUUCACUCACAGACGAGGAGCUGAUUGAUGUUCUCCGAGACAAAUUAAUCUACGUUUCUUUUUACCUGAUAUAAAGUCAUUACUUGUUUCCUUUGGACGAAAAAAUAAUCAUUCAAUAGGAUACGGCGUUGUUUAUUUGUUUUUAAUUAUGAAGUUGUCAAAUAAUCAGCAUCUUUCAGAGAACGGAGAUGGGUCGGACUUGAAUCCCCCUUUGAGAAAUCCUUUCGUUCACGAGUUACGAUUUACCCCCUUGGAGAAAAUCAGGAUCGGCGUCAUGACCGUGACGGUCUUCCCAGUCCGGCUGCUGUUUGCGGCGUUCCUCAUGUUGCUAGCUUGGCCCUUUGCCUUCGCCGCCACCCUAGGACGAUCUGAGCUGGCCGUGGAGGAGCAGACCUGGUGGAGGAGGCUCUGUGACACGGCCCUGAGGGUGAUCAUGCGCGCCAUGUGGUUCUGUGGAGGAUUCCACUGGGUGACGGUGAAGGGUCGGCCGGCCCCGCCCUCGCAGGCCCCCAUCCUCACCCUGGCCCCCCACUCGUCCUACUUCGACGCCAUCCCCAUAACCAUGACCAUGGCCUCCAUCGUCAUGAAGACCGAGAGCAAGAACAUCCCCCUCUGGGGCACUCUGAUAAAGUUCAUCAGGCCAGUGUUCGUGUCGCGGUCGGACCAGGAUUCCCGUAGGAAGACCGUGGAAGAGAUUAAACGCAGAGCCCACGGUGUAGGGGAGUGGCCUCAGAUCAUGAUAUUUCCGGAGGGGACGUGCACAAACAGAUCCUGCCUCAUCACAUUCAAGCCUGGAGCCUUCAUUCCAGCAGUUCCGGUUCAACCAGUAGUUCUGCGAUACCCCAACAAAAUGGAUACCAUAACGUGGACUUGGCAAGGCCCUGGAGCUUUUGAGAUACUAUGGCUGACAUUGUGCCAGUUCCACAACCCCAUAGAGAUUGAGUAUCUGCCUCUCUACACUCCUUCAGAGGAGGAGAAGAACAACCCUGCUCUCUUCGCGAACAAUGUCCGAAGCAUCAUGGCCAAGGCACUGGAGCUGCCUGUCACAGAUCUGUCGUUUGACGACUGCCAGCUGAGCCUGGCAACAGGCCCGCUGCGUGUCCCUAGCAACAGCAGCCUACUUCAGUUCAACAGACUAGCCAGAAGACUUGGGCUGAGAACAAGUACUACAGAUGCCAUGUUACAGCUGGCAGCUAACAGAGCCAGGAAGCUUUGGGGAGACCGGCUGGGAUUGGAGGACUUUGCUCAGUACCUGGAUCUGCCAGUGACAGACAUGCUGACGGAGUUACACGGCCUCUUCAACCGGCAUGGAGAUGGCCUGAUCGACGUCCGGGAGUAUGUUAUAGCCCUGUCUGUGGUGUGUCGGCCUUCUAAAGCCAUGGACACCCUCAGGCUGGCCUUUGGGAUGUAUGGGGCAGAGGAGGAUGGGGCCAUCAUGGAAAAGGAGCUGGCGUCCAUUUUGAGAAUGGCCUUGGGAGUACCAGAGGUUGAUGUCACAGAGCUGUUUACAGCCAUUGACACACACAACACUGGCAAGAUCACAUAUGAUGAGAUCCAUCGGUUUGUGGAGCAGCACCCAGACUUUUCUCAUGAGUACCUGCUCCCAUCUCGGGCCACACCCUCUAUCCCCCACACAGCCGCCCUGGUCAACGGGUUCAGUGGGGACAGCCGUGACACAGAGGACCAGACCUGUAGCCUCCCUGGACAAAAGAGGAAGGAAGACUGAGAGACACUCCUAUGGACUUGAGGCUGUCUUCUGCAACAGUGGGCAGGAAGAAAACAAGUGAUGAACUGAGAGUCCUCUGUCAAACUCAACUUCUGCAAAUACUAUACCUUCUGUGUCACUGUGGCCUGUAUGUUCUACCAGAGAGGAGCGCAGGGAGGAGGUGCUGAGGAUAUACUGGGAUAAGGACGGAUGGACUGAGAGGAGACUGACACUGGAAGGGAGAGAUGGAGGUAGAGAAGGGUUGGAAUGUCAAAGGAGGAUGUGAAGGGAGUCAUCCAAGGAGACGUUUCGGUCCGUGAGAGGUUAUGAGGGAGGGCGGGGAACAUCCAGUCCUCCGGACACCAUCUCACACCAAUACUCCGUCUUCGGUUCUGUCUCUUACUGUUUACACGGACUUUCUGAUUGGGCGGCGUAACGUGGAACUGCACAUCGUGGCCCUAAAGUGUUUAGGAAUUUGCCAAACACUUUGGCUUUUAUCAUUUUCUAAAGGCUUUUGUUUUUUUUAAUGUACUACCGCUCUGUAGGUACUUUCUCUGAUUUGUUUUUGUCAUAUUAUUGAUAUCUGUUGUUAUGAUCAUUAAAGGCACACUUCAGGAACGUUUAGGGUUAUCGUUGUCCACUGGGAUUCCAGACUGACUGAGCUCCAUUGCAUCUAGCCAAUCCAGGCUAAUAGCCAUGGCAACCCAAGACAUAAAACCCUUAAAACCGACGAAUACGGGACCAAAAUUAGACCUAAAACAUAGGACUCCUUAUCACAUUUCCAUUAAGCUCCAUGUUGCCUUUCAAAUCAUUUUUUAAAAUGUCAUGGCUGUUUUAAUGUUGCCUGAGCUUAAGUAAAACAUCUCACAGCUUA